AUGAUCCGGCGCGUCCUCGCCACCCCUCCCAUCCUCAAACUCCCAAUGACAACAUCACCACCACGCCCAAAAUCCGAAUCCCCUAAACCCCUCUUCAGCGGCAACGUCCCAGCCAUCCAAACCUUCACCGAAGACAUCGGCACCCCAACAGUCCACAGCCGCAUCCUGCCCGCCGUAAAACACGACCACCGCGAACUAGAAUCCCACAGCCACAAAAUCCUCUCCUCAACAAACCCAGACCAACAAACCCGCUUCCAAAACCAAUUCGUCUGGGAACUAGCCCGUCAUCUAAUCGGCGAGGAACUCGUCGUUUAUCCAGCUAUCAUAAACACCCUCCCAGACGGACAGGGGAUAGCAGAUAAAAACAGACUCGAGCAUCGCGGUGUGAAACAUCAGUUGAAAACCUUCCAGGAACUAUCAUCUACGGAUACCAGAUUCGUGCCGACGUUGAAAGGUCUCAUGCGCGAUUUCGGUAUUCAUGCUAGACACGAGGAAGAAGUGGAUUUACCCAGGUUGGAGGAAUUGCUAUCUAAAGAUGAAAGUGUGGAGUUGACCAAGUCCCUCGACCGAGUUAAGAUCUUUGUUCCAUCUAGAGCGCAUCCGCUUGCGCCGACGGAGCCGUUCUUCGAAAGUGCUGUUGGGCUUUUGAUGGCGCCUAUUGAUAUGUUGGCGGAUUUGUUUCGGAAGUGGCCUGAUGGGAAGGAGAAGAAGUAG